GGAAGGGUGAUCCGACCAGCCGAAGCCUCGCCGGGCGGCCCCAAUUGGACCAUUUUCAUCAUUCCAAUAAUUCAGCAGGGACAGCUUCCUCCUCCUCCCUGACUUUCCUAUCUGCACCUUUUUUUCCCGCACUCCUUCAAAAACUUCCCUUGACGUAACCUUUGUUGACUUUCCUUGCUUCGACUUCCUCGUGUUGUUACUAUCAUGGCUUCUUCUCUUCGCUUGGGGAGCUCGCUGCUCCGUUCCUCCACCCGGCCUUUGGUCCAGAAAGCCGCCUACAAUGGCGUGCGCUGCGCAAGCACCCAAUCCCUGAAAGAGGUCUUCGCUGCCAAAGUCCCUGGCGAGAUUGAGAAAGUCAAGAAGCUGAGAAAGGAUUAUGGCUCCAAGGUCAUUGGCGAAGUCACCCUGGACCAAGUCUACGGCGGUGCUCGAGGCAUCAAGUCGCUAGUCUGGGAGGGCUCCGUCCUUGAUUCAGAAGAAGGUAUCAGAUUCCGAGGAAGGACUAUCCCGGAAUGCCAGGAAGUCCUCCCUAAGGCUCCUGGCGGCGAGGAGCCUCUCCCCGAGGGCCUGUUCUGGCUUCUUCUCACCGGCGAGGUUCCCAGCGAGCAGCAGGUCCGAGACCUGUCUGCUGACUGGGCUGCUCGAUCUGAUCUUCCCAAAUUCGUCGAAGAGCUCAUCGACCGUUGCCCGAGCGAUAUGCACCCUAUGGCUCAAUUCUCGAUCGCCGUCGUCGCGCUCGAGCACACCUCCGAGUUCGCCAAAGCCUACGCCAAGGGCAUUAACAAGAAGGACUACUGGUCAUACACUUUCGAGGACUCGAUGAACCUCAUUGCCAAGUUGCCCACAAUUGCCGCAAAGAUCUACCGCAACGCAUACAAGGAUGGCAAGGUUGCCCCUAUCCAGAAAGACAAGGACUACGGCUUCAACUUGGCCAACCAGCUUGGCUAUGGCGGCAACGCCGACUUUGUUGAGCUUAUGCGUCUCUAUCUCACCAUCCACUCCGACCAUGAGGGUGGCAACGUCAGCGCCCACACUACUCAUUUGGUCGGAAGCGCUUUGAGCUCUCCCAUGCUAUCUCUCGCUGCUGGUCUCAACGGCUUGGCUGGUCCUCUCCACGGAUUGGCCAACCAAGAAGUCUUGAACUGGCUCACCAAGAUGAAGGAGAGUAUUGGCGAUGAUCUCAGCGACCAGAAGAUCACCGACUACCUCUGGGAGACCCUCAACGGUGGCCGUGUUGUUCCUGGCUAUGGCCAUGCUGUUCUCCGCAAGACCGAUCCCCGCUACGUGUCUCAACGCGAGUUCGCCCUUCGCAAGCUCCCCGAAGACCCCAUGUUCAAGCUGGUCAGCCAGGUCUACAAGAUUGCUCCUGGUGUCCUGACCAAGCACGGCAAGACGAAGAACCCCUACCCCAACGUUGACGCUCACUCCGGUGUCCUUUUGCAAUACUACGGCUUGACCGAAGCCAACUACUACACCGUCCUCUUCGGUGUCUCGCGUGCCCUCGGUGUCCUGCCGCAACUCAUCAUUGACCGCGCCCUUGGUGCACCCAUCGAGCGACCCAAGUCUUUCAGCACCGAGGCCUACGCCAAACUGGUCGGUGCUUCAUUGUGAUUGCAAUGGGAAGAGCGGGAACUGUACAAUGCAAAACAUACUUGUACGUCUAAAAGGGAGAAAGUGAUAGGGCAAUACGAGGUCGGUUUUGGUCGGGGGUGAAUUAGUUUCGCCGUUCAAUUACGCCAUUAUUUAAUUGACGAGCGUUGUUGGAUGCGAAUACCAUUUUACUUUGUUCCCACUGUCUGCAAUUCGCAACAAUGUUUUCUGCGUGCCUGAAUCCUUUACACCUUGGUAGAGGCCAACGUUAAGGAGGCCUAGGGCCCGCGGUGGCUUUGCGAGACAUGGCUGCAUGGACCGUGCAACGUAAAUUUCUUGAAAUUUUUAUUUUCGGAUGUUGAGCAGCGCGUUGGCGGCGUUGGGUGGCCCUAGCAGGCACGGCAGGCUAAAAAGAGGCCAGCGGACCCACAGUUUAGG